UAAAAUCGCAGAUACGCAGCUCAGUCUCGUUAUAUCAAAACACACCGUGAACUAUUAUCGCUGGUCCCGUUUCAACAAGCAUAGUCGAUCCUAAUAUUCUCAAGAUGAUCAAGACUGUAGUCGUCCUACUAACCAUCGCCUUGAUUGCUGCCGCGAUGCCCCAAUUUGGUGGCGGCGGUCAAGGAGGAUCUUCAGGAUUCGGUGGACCGCAAGGAGGAGGAUCCUCAGGAUUCGGAUCACAGCAAGGAGGAUCCUCAGGAUUUAGUGGACAGCAAGGGGGAGGAUCCUCAGGAUUCGGACCACAGCAAGGAGGAUCCUCAGGAUUUAGUGGACAGCAAGGAGGAGGAUCCUCAGGAUUCGGACAACAGCUAGGAGGAUCCUCAGGAUUCGGACAGCAGCAAGAAGGAUCCUCAGGAUUCGGUGAACAGCAGGGAGGAGGAUCCUCAGGAUUCGGACAACAACAAGACGGAGGACCAUCAGAAUUUGGCCAACAAUAAGGCGGAGAAUCAUCGGUGUUGCGUGGAGGCAAUGGAAAUUACUAUAUAUUUUAAAAUGGAAUAGCCAACGCGGAUAACGCGAAGAAACUUAGUCUUCUGCAUAUGUUUCAUAAAUAAGUUUUUCUUUCCUAUCACGAUAAUAAACUUGAAAUGGUCAAAAUGUA